AUGCAUGCUGAAAUACAAGGUUUAGGACGAAGACAUUUACGCUAUAUUCUUGACGAAUUUAAUUACACUGGUAUAAUUAGUGACCUUCAAGAUUUAGUUUCUACUACUGUCAACGCUGCAGGUCAGCCAUUGAAAUUUAAGGUGAAGGACUUUGAAAAUUGUUCUGCUGACGAUUUUCUUGAAUUUUUAGCCUUUAGUGUACAUCCUAUCUAUCAGGUGCUGGUGAAAAAUUCAAAACUGCAAGGCCGUUCUAUGGUUUUAAGAAAAAAACAUGUACUAUGUUGGUCGUGCCAUGUUUCAUUUGUCAGUCAUUUGUUACAAGAUAAUUUGACAACAGUGGGUAUUGAAAAAGCCAGAUCUAGUUAUAUCAAGUUUUGUAAAUUCUUUUUAGAAUUAUUCAAAUCCAAAAGUUGCAAGUUUCCGAAUUUUCACUGGAUAGCCCAUAUAUUUGAAGAUUGUUUGGAAUGGGGCAGCCCUCGAUUCUUUUGGGCCCUAUUAUUUGAGCUGAAACAUAAGGAAUUCAAACAAUUCAAUGAUUCAUCCAAUCAUAAGAAUGUUGAAUCUAGAGCCUGUGAAUUUGAAAAAUUGAGACGACAAAUAUUCAUUAAUUAUCUAUGGUAUCGAACCAAAUGCAUUUCAGAAAAGUGGUUUCCUCCUUUGCAAUCCGGUCAAUAUAUUAUUUUCAAAGAUGAAACAAAUUUUAAGAUUGGCCAAGUUGAUUCUAUUUCUCCAUUGGGCGUAUCAUUGCGUGCAGUGUUCAAAAUCAACAACGUUCAGGAGGCAACAGGGCUCCGAACAUUGGCAGUUGAACAUAUCUCCGAAUCGGUUUCAUUGGACUCUAUUUAUGGCAGAGCCAGCAUCGUUAAAUUUGAUGAACAUUUGGUGUUCAACCAACAUUGUUUGAUGAUGGAUUUUUAUAAGUUUUAG